GGAUAUCAUUUUUACACGUGGCCGCAGAGGAUCAGAUAACACUUGCGUGUAAAAAACUCGAUUCCGAAGAAAAAUGAACGAUACUACUUGUCCUCUUUCUAGAACAGUCUAACACUUUCUCGGUCGUAUUCGUUCGUGACUACUUUCUCUUGCAGCGAAUAUGAGUAGCCGAUGGAGCCGUACGAUCUACGUUGGGAAUUUGCCUGGGGAUAUUCGCAUGAGAGAGGUUGAAGAUCUCUUCUACAAGUAUGGGCCAAUUGUGGACAUUGAUUUGAAGAUUCCACCUAGACCUCCUGGUUAUGCCUUUGUCGAGUUUGAAGAUCCUCGUGAUGCAGACGAUGCAAUUCAUGGGCGUGACGGAUAUGAUUUUGAUGGUUGUCGACUACGGGUUGAGAUUGCACAUGGUGGUCGUAGAGGUUCAUCAUCAGUGGAUAGGUACAGCAGCAGCUACAGUGGGAGCCGUGCGCCUUCGAGACGGUCCGACUAUCGUGUGCUUGUGACGGGAUUGCCACCGUCUGCGUCGUGGCAGGACCUUAAGGAUCACAUGCGCAAAGCUGGAGAUGUCUGCUUUUCUGAAGUUUUCCGUGACCGUGGAGGCAUGUCUGGGGUUGUAGAUUAUAGCAACUAUGAUGAUAUGAAGUACGCGAUAAGGAAGCUUGAUGAUACUGAGUUUCGAAAUGCUUUCUCUAGAGCUUAUAUACGGGUGAGAGAAUAUGAGUCGAGGAGUGUGAGUCGCAGCCCCUAUUAUGCUAGAAGCAGGAGUCGUAGCCGUGGUCGAAGCUAUAGCUAUAGUAGCAGGAGCAGAAGUGUGACACCUGCUAGAUCUGUUUCCCCACGUUCUCGUUCUCGAACGCCGUAUAGCUCUGUCUCAAGCGAGCUGGGAUUGGAUCUUAGGGACUUGAUGGAUCAUGUAGAUGGAUUCUCGGACUGGAUCGCAACAUUUUGGACUACGAGUCACGAUCAAGAUCAAGAUCAAGAUCAAUUUCACCCGUGAGAUCUGAUUGAAGAGGAAUACUGGUGACCAGUGGCGGAGCUAGGGUCGAAAAAUAAAUAUUAUUGCUAGGGUCGAAAAAUAAAUAUUAUUGCGACAUAUAAUAUUUUACGGAGUACUAUCCUCUCUAUAUGCUGUUGUUUAAAACUGUGGUCAUGAAGUUAUUGAUUAAGAUACUGAAUUCUAGUGAGAUAAUUGCGUCCUACUUUAUCUUUUACAUUAUGAUGAUGUUCAAAUAUUUCUUUCCUAUAUCACCGACAAGUCCUAGAAAGCAUCGGUUGAUGAAAAUUUUGUUAUCGG